GAUUUGAGAAAGAAGAAGAGGGAUGAGCAUCGCUUGCCUCCAUGACCGCCUGUCUUAACGGCCUAGCAUUACACGUGGUUCCGGAUAUAGUGUGUCUCGAUCUCAUGAUGACGAUUACAGCUACUUGAAGGUGGAGUCAAUUGGUUUAAGAGGACCUCCAAUCAUUGUCACUGAUGCAUUCCGAAGCGGUAUUACCUUCAUGAUCGCUUCACUACAAUCACUCGCUCUCUCCGACCCAUUUCUGUUUCCGUUACUCAUUCACUCACUUUUUAGCGCUUCUUCUCCUUUUCUGAAAAUAAUUUCUAAAAAGCGUAUCUUCUGACUUUAAAGGCAGUUGUCAUUUUGAAAACGAAGCAAUCGAUUUUCUGUAACCUUGCUUUCGCCUUUUUUCCACCGAGUCGUAUGCAUCGCAAAUCUCGAAUAGAAAUUGAAAAGAGAAUUGUAUUCUUAAAUGAAAGAGCGAAUUUUUACGAUGGAAUCUUCUAAGGCAUUCACCAUUGAUGCGCUCCUUUCAAAGGAGGCUUCGACAGGUUUGAAGGCAAAAUCCCUUACCAACUCUCCUCCACCUAUGGAUAGAAGCAGUCCUCUUAGUCCUCUUCCAGUUCAACCGCACCCAUCCCGUUUAUCUAUAAUGGACCGUGCACUUGGGGCCACACCCUUAUCGCACCCAUCUGGAGGAGGUGGUGGUUGUGGGGGUGGGAAUCACCACACCCUUCAAGCAAGAGGGAUGCACAGUGGAAGUUUGGUCCCCAAACCAGGACUCCUUGGCUUUCAUCCACCUGUUUCCGGGAUGGCGCCGAACGCCUCCGUGGUUCCCGCCAUCUAUUCGCACCCCUUGUACGCCGGACUGUUUGGCGGCCAGCAUCACGCACAAGCUGCACAUCAUCUCAGUGCUUUUCGAGCCGCGGCAGCAGCAGCGGUCGGUGAACAUGGAGUACGGAGUGGCCACCCGCUAUCAUCGUUCUCUGUAGACUGGUUUCGUAACGGCGUCAUGCUGCCCAGAUUCGGAGACUUUACAGGAGGUUUUGAACCAGGAUGUCUUCUCCUCGUUGCUGAUGGAGAUGACGAUGAUGGUGACGGUUUCACUUGCUAUGAAAUAGAUAGUGAAGAUGAGAUGAAACACAGACCAGCGCGUCUAUCGAACUAA